AUGGAGGGACUGUCCGAUGAGUGCAGAGCGGCCCCCAAGUAUGGCGCCAACGGCCGGCAACUGCUUCUCGAAGCCGCGAGCAGACUCGUCGAGGAGGAGGACUUUGUGUUUGCACGACCUGCGCCUCCUGGAUUCAACGCCAAAAAGAAGUUGGAGAGUGCCUUUCGAAUCAGAGAUGCUGGGGCCCUUUAUGAGGCGAUCCCCAAUGAUGAGAAGCCCUUUGUGCCAUACAAUCCUAGAGCCAAACUCCCAAGGUACAAUCGACAGACCAGUGUUGAGAGUCUCACUGGGAAGUACUUGGUGCUGAUUCUGGAACUGGUGGAUGCCGCUGAACGGAAGGCCCUCCAGGUAUUGCAGCUUUGUAUUUCAAUGCACCACUGGACAACUUGCUGGUUGCCGUGCAUCUUGAAUUGA